GUCUUGAUCGACAACUCGUCGGUAACGGGUUACGGAAGAGGGGGAUACCUACUACUUAGGAUUAAUUUAAAAUAAGAUAAAAUGGCAGGCCUACUACCUCUCCUCAUAGCCUCCCUCGCCAUGUGUUCGGCCGACAACCCCCUCUCCAGCCUAAAGGACGCCCUCCCCUCAGUCCCCAAGCCCUCAGUGCCCUCUGUGAAAGAUGUGAAUCAAGUGCGAGACGCUGUCGCGGGAAACGUUUCGGACGCGGCUGGAAGCUUCGGCCGGGGCGUGCAGAAAGAAAUUGCUGCAGUGAAGCAGCCGAUUGAUGAAACUAUUGCUUUUAUCGGGUCUAGCCAAUGUCAGAAUGUAAAGAAAAUCCUAGGAGUAGCGUACGAGAAUUAUGAGGGAGAUGAGGAGCCUCCACUAGAGAAACUAACGCUGACGUAUAUAGACCCUGGAGUCCGCACGAUAUUCAACAUCACCACUGCGGCGGCACGCAUCGCUGAGUUGAAUCAAUUCAACCCCGCUCAGAAACUGUACAUCUACAUCCAUGGGUUCACCGAUGACCCAACCAAGAGCAGCUUCUCUGCUAUUGACGAAGCACUAUUGAUCCAAGGACAAUCCAACGUGUUGGCCCUGGACGCAAGCCCUCUGAUCCACUGGCUGUACCUGCGGUCCUCGACCUACGUGCGAUAUAUUGGAGAGAAGCUGGGAGAAGUCCUUGUUGCUAUGGUUAACAAGGGUCUCAACCCCGACGCCAUCCACAUCAUAGGCCACAGUUUAGGCGCUCACAUCUCCAGUUUCACCGGGAAAACCUUCACCAACCUGACCGGACUCCAAGUUGGCCGGAUAACCGGAUUGGAUCCGGCCGGACCUUGCUUCAGCCAUGUGGAUCCGGAUUUGAGGAUGAAGGCUACGGAUGCGAUUUUUGUGGAUGCUAUACAUACAGAUGCUGGUGUUUAUGGACUGAAGGAUCCUGUUGGACAAGUGGACUACUUCCCCAACGGUGGUUCUCAGCAGCCCAACUGCCUCUUCCAAACCUGUAGCCACAGCCGCGCGUGGGUGUACUUCGCGGAGUCGAUCAAGAACCAUGAGGCCUUCCUCGCUCUUAAGUGCAAAGAUUACGACGCGUUCAAGAAAAGGCAGUGCGAGAAUGAUAUCAGCCCCAUGGGUUUCGCGUCCCAGCGUGGGACGACCGGCCGCUACUACCUCCAAACGGGCGAAGACAGCCCAUACGGCCUCGGCAAGGAAGGCUUGACGUGGAAAAACAACGAGGGUAUCGUCAGGAAUAUCGGCGAGAAAGUCUCCAAUUUGUUCGGUUAAAGACGAAGAAUAGAGUAUAAAAUUAAAUAGCAGUAAUGACGAGUCAGAUAAAGCCUGGGUGCGUAGGCGAAUGGCACAAACGCUCACGAAACGAAACGCUAGUAGAUAUCUAUCUCUAUCGAUCGUGCGUAUUGGCGCGACAGAGCCAGACUAACUGGCGCGGCGUUUCGUUUUCGUUUCGCGUCGGAGAAAUGCCAUUCGGCUACGCACGCUGAUCAGAAAACGCGGAUCCGCGUACGCGAAAACUAUGAUAUAUUUCCGAGCUCAUGUAACCCGGCAACCUUCAUAUCUAGGGUGAACAGGCAUCUUCUGGGCUAGCUCGCUCCAUCGUAGGCCACGUCUUUGGCUAGUCUGUGGCCAAGAGUAAGCCGAUUUACAUUGCACUCAUAAUUUUAUAACUAAACGGGACUUAUCUAAUCGCCUAACAUUUAGGUUUUUUUUUAUACCACGUCGGUGGAAAACAGGUAUACCCACCUGAUGGAAAGCGGUCACCGUAACCUAUGGAUGCCUGCAACUCAAGGGGGUGUCACAUGCGCGUUGCCGACCCAUUAGAAACUUGGGUUUAUAUUUGGCCCGACGUUUCGAAUGUUACAUUACGUUUGUGGUCAUGGACAGACUGAAAAUUUAAAAAAAAUACUUCUCUCGAAAUUUCGCAACGUGGCGCGUAGUAUAUCUCUGAUCAGGCUUUAUUUAUUAGAUAUUUUAUAUUUGACUUGAGAAAUUUUAAUUGUUGACAUUGUGUUUGAACACGCUACUGAUAGUUUGGCAAUGCCAUCAUUGAUGUUGAUUUUCUAUGAAGUCUUGGUUUAUCAACGACCGAUGUUACCACAACCUUUAACAUUUUUGUUUGACGCCAAGCUUUAGGUUUGUUAUGUUUGUCAUAUAUUAUAAUAAUUUAAAUAGUUUGUAGAACAAUACCUCAGUAGAGAUUCAAAAAUGCAUAAAUUGUGAUAUUAUUAGUAAUAUUUGUACCAACAUCGAAUACAAAUAAAAAACUGAA